UGGAUCCAACAAUUUUCCUCUUUCAAUCUCCGGCUGUAUCACGCGCACCACGCACGGUUCCUUCGCCUCCAAGGCUCUUCCAAUAGAACGCGCCGCCUCCUCAAAUUCCCCUCGCACCUCGCCACUGACAUCGCGAUUUCCUCUCAACAGAUCCGCAGCGUUCGAAUCGACUCGAGAAACAACCACGAGCUAGGCUGAUCGAGAAGCCGCCGAUCGAUCGAGCAGGGUUCCUCCAUGGAGAUCGAGGGGCUUCCGGAGGAGCUCCUCACGGAGGUGAUCGCCCGCACCUCGCCCCAGGACGCCUGCCGCGCCGCCGCCGUCUCCCCCCCGGCCCUCCGCGCCACCGCCGACUCCGACGUCGUCUGGUCCCGCUUCCUGCCCCGCGACCUCCCUCGGCUCGCCGAAAACGAGAUCCCAUCCGCACCGCUGUCCAGCAAGGGUCUCUUCCAACGGCUCGCCGUCCAGCCCGCCCUCCUCCCAGGCAAGCUCGUGAGCAUGCGGCUGGACAGGGUAACCGGAGCCAAAUGCUACACGCUUUCCGCUAGGGCGCUCAACAUUGCCUGGGGAGAUACACUCCGCUACUGGCACUGGAUCCACGUCGACGUUGAUGAGUACACAAGAGGGAAAAGGUUCCGGAUGCUCCUUAUGGGCUGGAUCACCCAUUCCAGGAGGCGUUGGUCAGCAUUGGAGGGGAGCGAAUCAACCCGGCAUGUUUGCCUCCAGGCCCGUGUCAACGAGGAUGCGGACGCUGUUGCAGCCGGGCCGCCUCGGUAUCAUAUCUUGCCACUAGCUAGUUGGAGAGCUCCUAACACAGAUACUACUCCUGGACCUAGAGAGGAGGACGUGUUGCUCCCUCGAAUGAGGGCCGACGGUUGGAUGGAGGUGGAGCUGGGUAGCUUCUACAGUGAGGAAGGUGAUGAUGGUGAGGUGUCCUUCAACUUGAGGGAGAUCGAAGCAAGGACUUUGAAGAGUGGUCUUAUUGUGUGGGCUAUCGAGAUUUCAACUACAGUAUGAAACAAGCCAUGAUGAUUGAUGAACUAAGACACUUUGAAAGAGCAGUUUGGAUGGGUUUUGUGAAACAAUAUCUGCAAGACAUGUUAUUGUAGUUUACGGGCUGUUAGGCUUCAUAGUUGCGGGAAUAAUUCAUGGUAUUAUAUUAGAUGUUGUCCUAUAAAGAUUUUAUCCUAGCAUUUUUAACACCUACAGGACCAUGCAUCCUCAUCGUA